GCGGGUCUUCAUUUCCAUAGUCCAAUCAGGUGGCUUCUUCCUAGUACAGUAGAGCGCCUCAGCUGUGGUCCAUUCGGGCAAUCGGAGUGGCGCAGUGUCAUAAUCCGCGUCACUUCCGUGUUCGCCGCGGCCAUUUUUCUUAUGGGUAAGCGCCCUAGAUAGGAAGCCGGAAGUGACGUGGCGGAAUGAAUCCGCUCGUCACUUCCAGAACGAGCAAAGUUCCUGGCAAAUGAAAUGUGUUGUGUCUUUGCCCAUACUUCCUAAAAAGGGGGGGCCUCCAUCCUCAAUAUGCAUAAGGAGAACAAAGGGCAACAAUAGAAAAAAGGGGGGGGGGAAAGAAAAACACAUUUAACUAUAUAGUACAUGUUUCCACAUAUAGUUAGAUAAUGAGAAUGUCAACAUGUAGAAAUUUAGCCAUUCCUACAGCAGUUCUCUUGCUUUACUUUAAAUUUAAAGAGCAAUACAAUAUAUACAACAAAAAAUUAUCAAAGAAUAAAAGAGAAUAACUAAUUAAUUUCCACAUGAAUUAUUGACUUUCUCAUUUACAUUGCAUGUAUAAAAAAUACUCUAUAUAAUGUACCAUAUAUAAUGAUCAGUAUUCUUCUCCAAGAAAAGGCAGAUGAAAUAAAUGGAUUAAUGAAAUAAAUGGAUUAAAUGAAAUGGCAUAUCUCAAAAUCAUUAUUAAGACCUCCAGGGGUUAAUGUGUUUAAGUUGAAAAUCCAUUUCAUCUCUAUUUGACCCAUUUUUUAUUUUUUUUUUGGUGCAGGGAGCCAAAGGUGCCGUCCUUCCUCCCCAGCAGCAGAGUGAGUUACAGGGAGCUGAAGGUGCCGUCCUUCCUCCCCAGCGGCAGUGUGUGUCCCAGGGAGCUGAAGGUGCCGUCCUUCCUCCCCAGCGGCAGUGUGUGUCCCAGAGAGCUGAAGGUGCCGUCCUUCCUCCCCAGCGGCAGUGUGUGUUCCAGGGAGCUGAAGGUGUCGUCCUUUGGCUCCCUGUAACUCACUCUGCCGCUGGGGAGGAAGGAUGGUACCUUUGGCUCCCUGUAACUCACUCCGCUACUGGGGAGGAAGGACGACACCUUUGGCUCCCUGUAACUCACACUGCCGCUGGGGAGGAAGGACGGCACCUUCAGCUCCCUGUAACACACACUGCCGCUGGGGAUCUGGGCCAACCGCCCAGCAUCCUUGUAGGGCUGGUAGAGAGACCGCAGUCCCAUCUCCACCUGCCAUCUGUGGGUUUUCCCAGGACCAGUCUAUGAGGACCCCUUCUUCGGGUUCCUCUGGCCGCCUCAGGGGGAAACGGUUAACCUCCUCGAAUGCAGCCUCUCUUUGGCUGCUGUAACACUCCUUCCGCUGAGCAUAUGCUCUCUCUUUCACCAGCCGGAAUUCUCAGUCCAUCCUUGUGUUUCGCUUGGCUGUGACCUGGUUCCAGAUCGCCUGUAAUAUAUCCAUGGGCACAUUAUCACCAUACUGGGCCACUCGCUGCCUCACCUCGGCCAGCCAAUCAUCACCAGAGCCUUCCAUACUUGUCUGCUCACUGGAUACCUCUGCUCCCAGGGGCGCUGCACGUGUGCUAGCGUUGCCCUCAAUUUGUGACUCCACAAACGGUGUCUCUGAGCUGCUUUACCUCGCACUAGUACGCCAUCCCACCGCUUGCCACCAAUGUAACGGAUCACCUGGAACCCCGACUGGGUACCUCCGUUGAAGGAUGCUCCUAGCGCUUCUUGAGGACCCCAAGCACUCUAGCCGACACCACAACUACUGCAGGCCGAACCUCUCUUCCUUGAAAGGGAAGCAGGAACAAGCUCUUACAAGAACUUAGGAAUGAUUAAAGCAAGGGAAUAUGCAGAGCAUAUCAAUCCCUUGUAGCAGAUUCCCCCAAUAAGAGACAGUUCUACUUCACCCUUAAUUUGGAGUCCUGUCUCUUAUUGGGGGAAUCUGCUACAAGGGAUUGCUAUGCUCUGCAUAUUCCCUUGCUUUAAUCGUUCCUAAAUUCUUGUAAGAGCUUGUUCCUGCUUCGCUUUCAAGGAAGAGAGGUUCGGCCUGCGGUGGUUGUGGUGUCGGCUAGAGUGCUUGGGGUCCUCAAGACGCGCUAGGAGCAUCCUUCAACGGAGGUACCCAGUCGGGGUGCCAGGUGAUCUGUUACACUCUCUAUCACUCUAUACAGCUUUUUUGCCCCUAUCACAAAUAUAUAUAUAUAUAUAUAUAUAUAUAUAUAUAUAUACACACAGACAAUCUCAUUGAUAUACAUAAACUCAUUGACAUAAAAACACAAGCUCACUGAUGCACACUAAUAGGGUCACUGACAAUCUAAAUGACUCACACAGACAAGCUUACUGGUACACACACGUUUAGUACAGACAAACUCUGAUAUACACAAGCUUACUACAGACAAGCUCACAGUCACAUACACACACUCACUACAGACAAUCUCACUCACGCACACACACUCCCUACAGACAAGCCCAUUGACACAUACAUGCUCCCUACAGAAGAGCUCACUAGCACAUAGAUUCACUACAGACAAGUUCACUGACACACACAUGCUAACUAAAGACAAGCUCACUGACACACACAUACUCACUACAGACAAGCUCACUGACACACACCUGGUCACUACAGACAAACGUACGGUCACACACAUGCUUAUUACAGACAAGCUCACUGCACACACACAUACUCACCACAGACAGGCUUAUUGACACACACAUGCUCCCUACAGACAAGCUCAGACACACACAAAUUAUCCCUACAGACAAGUUCACUGACAUACAUACAAGCUCUCUCACUAGCAGUCACACAAGCUUACUCACUAGCAGGAACACACACACACAAACUCACUCACUAGCAGGCACACACACACAAACACACAUACGCUCCCUCACUAGUACACACACACACACACACACACACACACACAUGCUCCCUCACAAUCACACACACAAACACAGAAGCUCACUCACUAGCAGAUGCAUACACACACACACACACACACACAAAAGCUCACUCACUAGCAGGCACACACACAGAGCUCACUCACUAGCAGAUGUGCACACACACAGAAGCUCACUCAAUAGCAGGUACACACACACAGAAAAAAGCUCACUCUCUAGCACACACACACACACACAAAGCUUACCUGGCACUGGUAGGCUAAGGUGUCAUUGUCUGGCCUCUUCAUUCCAGUGAGGUCAGCAGCUUCCGUGUGGAGGUGGGGCUUGUGUUUGGGAGUUGAGGCUUAUAUGCGUGGGUAGGACAUGCAGCCUGAAUUACUGUACAUUGUGCUGGGAGACUGACAGGUCUCCCUCCAGCCGUCGGCAGAGUAAUUGCGGCCGCACCAGCCCCAAGCUCCUCCCUCUUUAUUCCCCUUGGACUGACAUAGGCUGGCACAGUCUGAGGGGAAAAUCAUUUAAACGACAUGUGCCUGAUGAUUAGGGCUUUCUGCCCGGCCCCAGAUGCUGCGGCCCACCAGAUAAUUUCCCGAUAUAACUGUGGGCCAGUCCGGCACUGAAGAGAAGACAUAAUUAUUAAAAAUGCAGAUAAAGGGGGUGGCAUUGUUAUCAUGUCAAAAGCAUUCUAUUUACAAGAAGCUUAUAUAUUGCUAAGGGCAGUGGUGUAUACUGGUUUUGUGCUGCCCUAGGCAGGACAAAACUCGGGCCCUCCCCCCGGCGCCAGCCCCACCCAACCCUUCCCCCCGCCCCGCCUUCUAAAUACACACACACACAUUCACUGACAGAUACGCAUACAAACACUAACAGACACACACACACUCACUAACAGACACACACACUCACUAACAGACACACACACACUCACUCUAACAGACACACACACAUGCACUCUAACAGACACACACACACUCACUAACAGACACACACACACUCACUCACUCUAACAGACACACACACACGAACAGACACACACACACUAACAGACACACACACACACUAACAGACGCACAGACACAGACACACACACACAGACACACACAUACACACAGUCAGACACACACACACUAACAGACACAAACUGUCAGACACACAUACACACACUAACAGACACACACACACACACUAACAGACACACAGACACACACACACACACAACAGACACACAGUAAGACACACACACUAACAGACACACACACACACACACUAACAGACACACAUACACAGUCAGACACACACAUACACACAGACACAAACUGUCAGACACACACACACUAACAGACACACACACACUGACAGACACACACAUACAUACUAACAGACACACACAGUCAGACACACACUAACAGACACACUAACUCACUAGCAGACACACACUAGCAGACACACUCACACAGUCAGACACACACACACACACACACACACUAACAAACACACACACAUUAACAGACACACACACACACUCACAUUAACACUUUUUUUUUUAUUUACCCACCCCCCCUUACCUUUGGGAAUGCUGGGGGUGAGGGUGGGGGUUCUCUAUCUCCCUGGUGGUCCAGUAGCUGCGGGAGGCGCUGGGCUGGGCGGGCGGGCGGGCGGCUGGAAAGGGAGCUCUUCCUCUGAGCUGUCCGCUCAGCUCCCUCGCGCGCUGCAGAGAGAGGCUGGGAGCCGGAAUAUGACGUCAUCUUCCGGCUCCCAGCCUUUCUCUGAGGCGCGCGAGGGAGAUGAGCGGACAGCUCAGAGGAAGAGCUCCCUCGCGCGCCGCCCGCCCAGCGCCGCCCGCCCAGCGCCGCCCGCCCACUCGCUCGGCAUGUCUGUUAGCCGCAAGGCUAACAAGGCAUUUGCCCUGGGCAUUUGGGGGCGGCGUUUUUUGCCGCCCCCUGAAAAAUGCCGCCCAAGGCAAAUGCCUUGUUUGCCUCGCGGCUAAAACGCCCCUGGCUAAGGGAUUUAAGCAGUUACAACAAACUUCCCAAUUAUCCAAAUAAAAAUUGUGACGAAAUACUAAGACUUUUAUUAGUAGAGGCUAAAUAAAGGUUAUUAUGAAUAGCCAAGUGUUCUCCUUUUUAUUUCAAGAGUUUCCUAGAAUAGCCACAUUUUAUUUCCUCCCUAAAACCCACAAGUCCAAAAAGAACCCACUAGGACACCCUAUCAUAAGUGGUAUUGAUUGUUUAACAUUUAAAAUAUAAGAAUUUAUUGACCAUUUUUACAAAAAUAUACUAAGUCAGCAAAAUCGUACCUGAAAAACACGAAUCCUCUUUUACAAGAGCUUGAAUCCAUAGAGUGGGAGGAAGGGUAUAUGUGGGCCACCUUCGAUGUAAGCUCACUAAAUUCAGUGAAAGACCACCAACUGGGACUAUUAGCAGUUAAACAGGUUUUAGAGCAAGAUGUUCGUUUGGAGGCGGAUUUUAGUGAAUUUUUCUAAAAUCUAUUGCUUUUAUUUUGAACCACAAUUUUGUGAAUUUGAAUGGGGAUUUCUUUCUGCAGAUCAAGGGCACUGGGAAUUGAGUGCUCUGGCAGCAUUAUAUUGCAGCAUUAUGCUGAUGAUAUUUUAGUUAUUUGGAAGGAACCAGAAGAUAACUUUAAAUCUUUUAUCAAUUAUAUUAAUGACAAUAAAUUUUCUUUGUUUUUUACUCCUGAAAUUAAUAGGAUGAUGAUUCAUUUUUUAGAUUUAACUAUUUUUACCGAACCAUCAAACAUCAAAACUAUGACAUAUUUCAAACUGACUGAUACAAAUAGCUUACUUGAUGUGACCCAUGGCCAUCAGCCUACAUGGCUAUCUGGUGUAUCAAGGAGCCAAUUCAUUGGUCUCAGACAAAACUGUAUAGAUACAAAAAAGUUUCAUGAACAGGCAUCUGUUUUAACUAAUACAUUUUUGGAAAAAGGAUAUUCCAAGAAUGAAUUACAGAUGGAAGUAGAAAAAGUAGGGGGCAUGAAAAAAGGUGACCUUCUCUUGGAUACAAAUAAAAACUCAAAGAAGUUGAACAAAAGAUUAGAAUUUUCUUUUAAUACCAAUUCCAACUCUCAUGCCUUCCAAAUUAAUCAAAUGAUUAAGAAAUAUUGGCUCAUCUUACAGGAAGAGGAAUAUGUAGGUCCACUUUUACCACAAAGACCUAACAUAAUUUAUAAAAAGUAUAAAAACCUGAUUAACCAUUUAGCACCUAGCACCUUUAGAAAUAAAAAUAAGGAUUCCUCCACCACUCAGAUCAAGGAAGGUUUUUUUUCCAUGUUGCCUAUGUAAGGCAUGUUGAUUUCUACCCAGAUAUACUCCUUCCUUCACAAGUUACGUUACCCAGGAGGAAUUUAAGAUUAAUGGUCGCUUGACAUGCUCUACUGCCCACAUAGUGUAUUUACUCACAAGUUUUAUAGUACUUUUAUAGUCACAUAUUCCACUUUAUUUUAUAAUGAGUUUAACAUAUUGGUUUUAAAUAGAUAUAUAUUUAACACAUAUAUCUUUGUACAGGUAUUUAGUUUUUAUCUACAUUUCUCUUUUUAUAUGUAGUAUUAUAGACACCUUUUUGUACACACCACGUUUUAAUAAGAAAUAUUGUUUAUGCACUUUUUCUGGUGUUCUAUAUGUAUAUUUUGUAAGUUUUUAACCAUUGUAAUUUAUGUAUUAUCUUCACAUGUAUAUUGGUCUGUUCAUAUAGGACUUUGAUUCCUGCAAACAACAGUUUCCGAAUUUUGACGCAUAUGCGUUCCACCAAAAAGAUGACUUAAGGACGAGAGACUGAUCAUCGUUAUAUGCGCAGAAAAAGCCUCUCUUCAAUUGAGCUCCUAUCCAGAAGAUAACCACGGACAUCACUACGUCACUGGAAGACACGUGCGUUCCAUGAUAGAGGACCAAUGGGAACUACGGGAUGUUGUCGCACACCUUUGUAAUCAAGACGAAUGCAAAAAUUCGAACGGAACAUCCCAGGUUGGGAAAAGGCGAUACGGGGGCGGACCAAAUUAA